AUGCAUGAAGAUUCUUCGACGCAGUACCGUUUCAUGAGAUCUCAGCAUGGUCUUUUGGGGGUGGGACCUUUGGCUGGGAUAGCCUUAGGAAAGUCGGGGUUGACUGGGUGGGAUGGGAUGGGCUCUUGUGUUGUGCUCAUGUUCGAAGGUUGGGAGUGCAGUGUGUGUGGAGGAGAUCACGUCUUGGGAUUUACCAGUUUAGCUGGGACAAUCACAUCUUUUCUCGUCAGACCGUUGAUCGAUCUCCAUGCCUGCAUGUCCUCCCUUAAACAAGAAAAGUCGGCUGGCCCAACGAAUCCCGGUACGGAUGUGAAGGAAAGACUCUUACAAUGGGGUUGGUUUACAUAUUUAUCAAUACAUCGUCAACAAGCUUAUUCAGAGAUAAAUCCUAAUUACCCAGAGGAUUCAAAGAAGUCCAAGAUCUUGGAUAGCGGAAGCUUUGACGAUGAUGAUGUUUAUACAGUCAAUGCAGCGGAGAAUUCUCCAUAUCCACUGGCAGAGAUUCGAGCCGCAGUCAAAAACUAUGAUGAAGAUGUACCCGCAAACAACAUUCGUACAUGGAUAAUCGGGAUGUUAAUUGUCGUCUUCGGAGCAUCGAUGAACACACUCUCUUUACUUCGAUCCCCUUCAAUCAGUCUCGGUUCUUUGAUUGCUCAAAUUAUUACUUGGUCUCUAGUUCAUGUCAUGGAUGGACUAAAGACUAAAGUCAUGCCCAAGAGUCCAUUUCAACACGAUUGGUUUGAAAUUGAAAUGGUCGUUGAAUCCUGCACCGUACAAUAUCAAGGAGCAUUCCAUCAUUGUCGUCAUGUGCGGCUGUCCCGCAGCUACAGUAUGAUCUGGCCUGCCAAUCUCGUCAGCGUCACCCUCAUGAAUGCUAUGUAUAAGAAUAACGAAAAGUCUGAUCCAAUAGUCUUUGUGGGUAAGAUUCAUCGUUAUAGAUGGUUUGCAUAUGUUAAAGUUACUGCCGGUGCUUUCUAUUGGGACUUUGUUCCUGGGUUUCUCGCUCAAUUCCUCUCGGUCUUUACAUUCGCAACCUUGAUUGCUCCUAAUAAUGUUGUCGUCAAUCAAUUAUUCGGUGGUUCGACGGUCUUUCGUUCAUUCCAUUGA